AGUGGCUUACGCAUUAGGAACCAAGUACAGUUUUUGACCUUUCGUUUUCCGGAUCUAGGGUUUCCCCUUUGUGAUCAUCAUCAUCUUCCACGCGCACACCCAUCAUCAAACCCUAGCUACAACCGAAACUUCGCAUUUUUUCACACGCAAAAACACCUUCCGCCGGCCACCGUGUCGGAGAUUCACGAUCCCACACAAACCCUACGAUUUCUCGGAACAUUAUUUUUUUACCCGCCACCACCUUCAAUCACGGAUCUAAAACUUUCCUCUGAAACAAAACGCCCUAAUUUUUUCAUUUUUAUUUUAUUUUAUAUAUACAUUCCCUCGCUGGUAAUGCAAAAAUCAGAUGAAUCUUAAAGCGUUGUUGUUGUUGUUGACACGGCCAUGAUGACGGUGAUGAUCAUGAUGAAUACUUUUUCCCUUACUUCCACGAAAUCUUGACGAAAUUCCAAAGACUUUUUUGUGUGGUGUUGUGAUUUGAUUUGAAGGAACAAAAAAAAAUGAGAAUGUAUAAAUCGGUGGUGUACCAGGGGGAGGUGGUGGUGGGUGAGGUAGAUGUAUACCCAGAAGAGAACAACAACUACAAGAACUUCCAUGUGAAGGAAAUCAGAAUAAGCCACUUCUCGCAACCUAGUGAGAGGUGUCCCCCACUUGCUGUGCUUCACACUGUUACUUCGUGUGGUGUUUGCUUCAAAAUGGAGUCAAAGACUCAGCAGCAGGACGGCCUCUUUCAAUUGCACUCCUUGUGUAUCAGAGAGAACAAGACUGCUGUAAUGCCACUGGGUGGGGAGGAAAUACAUUUGGUUGCAAUGCAUUCACGGAAUGUCGAUAGACCAUGCUUCUGGGGAUUUAUUGUUGCCUUGGGACUUUACGAUUCAUGUCUUGUGAUGCUAAAUCUUAGAUGUUUGGGUAUAGUGUUUGAUCUGGACGAAACACUCAUUGUAGCAAAUACAAUGCGAUCAUUUGAGGAUCGAAUUGAUGCACUCCAGAGAAAAAUAAACUCUGAAGUAGAUCCACAGAGAAUUUCCGGUAUGCAGGCAGAGGUCAAGCGCUACCAAGAUGACAAGAAUAUAUUGAAGCAAUAUGCUGAAAAUGAUCAGGUUGUUGAUAAUGGUAGAGUGAUAAAAGUUCAAUCUGAGAUUGUUCCGGCAUUAUCUGACAGUCAUCAGCCUAUAGUUCGGCCACUGAUACGGUUACAGGAUAAGAACAUUAUUCUGACGCGCAUCAAUCCACAGAUUCGUGAUACGAGUGUUCUUGUGAGGUUGAGACCUGCAUGGGAAGAUCUUCGGAGCUACUUGACUGCAAGAGGGCGCAAGCGUUUUGAGGUUUAUGUCUGCACAAUGGCUGAAAGGGACUAUGCACUAGAAAUGUGGAGACUUCUUGAUCCAGAUUCAAAUUUGAUAAAUUCUAAAGAACUAUUAGGUCGCAUUGUAUGCGUUAAGUCUGGUUUGAAGAAGUCAUUGUUCAAUGUCUUCCAAGAUGGUUUAUGCCAUCCAAAGAUGGCAUUGGUAAUUGAUGAUCGCUUGAAAGUGUGGGAUGAGAAGGAUCAACCUCGGGUGCAUGUUGUCCCUGCAUUUGCUCCAUACUAUGCUCCUCAAGCUGAAGCAAGCAAUACUAUCCCUGUCCUAUGUGUUGCAAGAAAUGUUGCUUGCAAUGUUAGGGGUGGCUUCUUUAAGGAUUUUGAUGAUGGUCUUUUACAAAAGAUUCCUCAAAUUGCCUAUGAAGAUGAUAUCAAAGAUAUACCUUCUCCUCCUGAUGUGAGCAAUUAUCUAGUUUCAGAGGAUGAUGGCUCUAUUUCCAAUGGACACCGAGAUCCAUUCUUGUUUGAUGGCAUGGCAGAUGCCGAGGUAGAAAGAAAAUUAAAGGAUGCACUAUCGGCAGCUUCAACUAUCCCUGUGACAACUGCUAAUCUAGAUCCCAGGCUCACUUCUCUUCAGUACACAAUGGUGCCUUCUGGUUCAGUUCCUCCUCCAACAGCACAAGCAUCUAUGAUGCCAUUUCCCCAUGUACAGUUCCCUCAACCUGCUACACUAGUAAAGCCAAUGGGUCAAGCUGCCCCUUCCGAACCUAGCUUGCAUAGCUCUCCUGCUAGAGAAGAAGGUGAAGUACCUGAAUCAGAAUUAGACCCAGAUACAAGGCGUAGGCUUCUCAUAUUGCAACAUGGACAAGACACCAGGGAUCAUGCAUCUGCUGAGCCUCCAUUUCCUGUUAGACAUCCUGUGCAAACCUCUGCUCCUCAUGUUCCAUCAUCACGGGGGGUUUGGUUUCCUGCAGAAGAGGAGAUUGGUUCACAGCCACUAAACCGGGUAGUACCUAAAGAAUUUCCUGUAGAUUCUGGUCCAUUGGGUAUUGCAAAGCCCCGGCCUCAUCAUCCCUCCUUUUUCUCUAAGGUUGAAAGUUCUAUUUCAUCUGAUAGAAUUCUCCAUGACAGCCACCAAAGAUUGCCAAAGGAGAUGUAUCACAGAGAUGAUCGCCCAAGAUUAAACCAUAUGCUCUCUAGUUAUCGUUCUUUUUCUGGUGAUGAUAUCCCCUUUAGUAGGUCAUUUUCCAGCCACAGGGAUCUUGACUCUGAAUCUGGCCAUUCUGUAUUGCAUGCAGAUACUCCAGUUGCAGUACUACAGGAAAUUGCACUGAAGUGUGGAACUAAGGUGGACUUUAUUUCAUCUCUGGUUGCAAGCACUGAACUGCAGUUCUCCAUGGAGGCAUGGUUUUCUGGAAAAAAAAUUGGUCACAGAGUUGGCAGAACUAGAAAGGAAGCUCAAAAUAAGGCUGCUGAGGAUUCUAUCAAACAUUUGGCAGAUAUAUAUUUGUCUAGUGCCAAGGAUGAGCCUGGUUCUACAUAUGGCGAUGUGAGUGGGUUUCCUAAUGUAAAUGACAGUGGUUACAUGGGUAUUGCCAGCUCUCUUGGUAAUCAGCCAUUGUCUAAAGAGGAUUCAGCUUCAUUUUCAACUGCAUCUCCAUCAAGAGUUUUAGAUCCUAGGUUGGAUGUCUCUAAGAGGUCAAUGGGUUCAAUCUCUUCCCUGAAAGAAUUGUGCAUGAUGGAGGGUCUUGAUGUCAAUUUUCUAUCUGCACCUGCUCCAGUGUCAACAAAUUCAGUUCAGAAAGAUGAAGUACACGCACAGGUUGAAAUAGAUGGCAAGGUCUUUGGUAAAGGUAUUGGAUUAACAUGGGAUGAGGCUAAAAUGCAGGCUGCCGAGAAGGCACUUGGAAGUCUAAGAUCAAAGCUUGGCCAAAGCAUUCAGAAACGGCAGAGCUCUCCCAGGCCACAUCAGGGAUUUUCAAAUAAACGUUUAAAGCAAGAAUACCCUCGACCAAUGCAGCGGAUGCCCUCAUCAGCUAGAUAUCCCAGGAAUGCUCCACCAAUUCCUUGAAAAGAGUGCUGGGCUUUUCAAUCUCGCAUACUGAUAAGACUGUUGUUGGGGCAUAUGUAUAUGUUACUGAUUCAGCAAUACGGAGAAUGACUUUUGGGUUGGACCAUUUCCGUUUAAGUGGGUGCUUGGCCUCAGUCACCUUGUCACUGAGCCAAAAAGCCAAAGUAGAACACCCACUUUUUGUACCAAUAUGAGUUCCUCACUGAAGUGGGGUGCCAUACUGGUCAAAGAUGUUGUAACAUACUCACAUCUUGGUCCUCCCAAGCAAUGCAGUAUUGGUUGUGUAUCCUGGAAAUGCUGAGACACCGGUUUCACAAGACAAGAUGAUGAGGCAAGUCCAAUGCUAACUUGCAUUUCUGUGGUUUAUAUACAUGAUGCAGCAUACUUAGAGUUACCUUAUUGGAAUUGAGAAUUGAUUCAGCGUUUUUCUAACUCAUGUAAUGGUACAAUGAUUUAGUACAGGUUUUCUUUUCUUUUUUAUGCAUGGAAGUCGGUUUUCACUAACCCAACCGGCUUAUAGUUUUUUAUUGAACUAAUUCUGUCACCAUUUGCCCCUCUGAAGACUCUGUUAUUUGCAGAGUCUUGAGGUUGGUGAAUUUGCAUAGUAUUGUAACUCACUGAUGAUGUAAUACACUCCUCAAUUGUUAUUAUCUGUGAAUUUUGUUCCCAUAUCUUA